UAUUCAAGAAUCAGAAUAACUGAAUAAGUAUGUAAUUUUUUUGUGAAUAGUAUCCUGCAAAGAAAUUGUACCCCAAAAUAAAAUAAACAAAUCAGAUCUUUAAAAAAAAUGACAUAGCCACGAAGUAGCCACGGAUAAAAAUCAUGGCUAUGGCUCUGUUCUGUGUAUAUAAAUCUGAAGUAACCCUAGUUUCUUCUAUCUUCUUCUUCUUUCUUUCUUCACCUGCCGCCUCCUCCGAUCUCACCGUCCGCCGACAAGCCACCUUCUGCACCAAGAUAUGAAUCGUCGAAGCGCUUCUCAUGAAGCCACUCUUUUCUCACAAGGACCUCGUAUGCCUCUCAGAGCGACUAGAUCGGCUAGUUCUAUUGAUGCAAAACAACCUCAACCCAACUUAGCAGCUUUGAUAGUUUCGCCUGCCAGGCGAAACAUGCCACAUCUCCAUCCACACAAGCUUAAUGGAAGUUUAUGGUUUGACGAUGAUGAUUGCAUCGACAAAGACAUAACAGCAAUAUGGCAAGCGGAUUUUUGGGGACAAUGGUGGAACUAUAAUAUGAUCCCACAAAGUACUAAAGACGCUUGGUGGUCUAGUUUUGUGCAAAAGUACUAUUGGGAUAAUGAGCACCACGACGAGGUUUUUGCAUGUUGGAAGCACUUGUCCGAGGAGUCGAUGGGGAAACUAUUUAGCAAGAGGAAGAGAUCAGGGAAGAAACUCGAGUACACUUGGGAGACAGAGGUGAUGGUUAAGAAGAGCAAAACAGAAUUGGAUUUGGAUAAAGAAGAACUUGUCAUGCACCUUACGAAGGUUGAGGCUGGUGAGAAAUCAUCACCAGCAACGGAAUUAGUCCGGAUGACCAACACCGAGAAAGAUGGAUCAUUAGUCGACAAACGGGCAACUGUCCUCGUAACAGCGACCGAGACUUUGGCUACCCAACAGUCUACUUCAAAUGAAUCAGAUGCUGUUAGCGAAGCUGGCUCGACGGCCACAGGACCUUCCCGCCAUCAGCACAACGUUGCACAUUUGGUGAGUGCUACACCACACAAAGUUGAUAUGAAUAAGUUGGAUACCACUUCUCACUAUCAAAACUUAGACUUUGAUAUGAGGAUGAGCAGGAUUGAAGAAAAAAUGAGUUCGUUGAAGCUAGACUUAGAGACAUUGAAGCUAGACUUAGAGACGUUGAAGCUAGACGUAAAGGCCUUGAAGCAAGGCAUAGACGCACUAUUACGAGUUUACGGCAUAGAUCCUGUUACCCUCCAGCCAAUGGGGUCGCUUGCUACACCACCCGAGAACUCUAUACCCACCACGGGUCCUACGCCAUAAACGGGUCAACCUACCCGAGGGAGGCAAUCAACCAUGCAAACUAUACCCACCACGGGUCACUUGUUACGUUUCUUCUUAUCCUGACGACGGACGACGGUGAUAAGAGCCACUUUAAGUAGAACUAUUAUUCCUUUUCUGUGGAAAACCCACCGAGACGAAAGGUUUGGUUCACUUAAACCAUCGAUUUAAUUUCCUUUUUUUUUGUUUUUUCUGAUAAUCCCUUAAUCGGAACUAAACGAGUAUGUAUAUUUGUUUCCUUUUCUGAAAGUUAAUUACUCAAAAGUCAAAACCAUC